CCCCCCCUUUGAACAUCAAAUAACAUAUAUCCCUCUCUGCAUUUGAUAUUCUUUUUGUCAUAUAAUAAUCUAGCAAAUAAUGGAUGCAUCAAAAGUUCUUGUGUUCUUAGUCUUGUUUAUUGCAGCUACAACAAUUCCCGGUUUCCACGCUUCCGAGCCCGACGCACUUCAAGACUUAUGUGUCGCUGAAACUUCCAAAGGGAUAAAAGUGAAUGGAUUCCCAUGCAAGGAGGAUACCAACAUAACAGCCUCAGACUUCUUCUUCGCUGGACUAGCAAAGCCUGCCGCCAUCAACAACUCCGUCGGAUCUGCGGUCACGCUGGCCAAUGUCGACAAAAUCCCCGGCCUCAACACCCUCGGCAUUUCCUUCGCUCGAAUUGACUACUCGCCUGACGGUGGCCUGAACCCACCGCACAUCCACCCACGCGCCACCGAGAUCGUCUUCGUCCUCGACGGUGAACUCGACGUCGGAUUCAUAACCACCGCCAACAAACUGAUUUCCAAAACCAUAAAAAAAGGCGAAAUCUUUGUCUUCCCCAAGGGCCUACUCCAUUUCCAACAAAACAAGAAGGAUAAACCUGCUUCUGUUAUCGCCGCCUUCAACAGCCAGCUGCCCGGAACUCUGUCGGUUGCCGCCGCCUUGUUUUCCUCCUCCCCCCCGGUUGACGACGGUGUCCUCGCUAGGACUUUUCAGAUUGGGGCCGAUGAGGUGGGAGAGAUUAAAUCCAAGAUUGCUCCUAAGAAGAAAUGAUCACGAUUAUACAUAUACGUAGAAGGUUGUUCUGAAGCUGGAUUUGCACCACAUUAAAGUCAAGAAGAAGGCCUUAAAGUUAGUCUCCACUCUCUCAAGUCAGAUGGUGAAGACUUUGAGAAAUAAGGAUUUUAGUUUUUUUUUUUUUUUUUCAUCACCAUCUUACCCUCCCCCUCUCUUUUUUGAGACUGUUUCUAGUGUAGCUACUUAUUGAUGGGAUUGUAUCUUUCAAUAGUAAUGGUAAU